AUGGGAGUGAGGAGGUUAGUGCGGGUGAUGAGAGUGAGGAGGUUAGUGCGGGUGAUGGGAGUGAGGAGGUUAGUGCGGGUGAUGAGAGUGAGGAGGUUAGUGCGGGUGAUGGGAGUGAGGAGGUUAGUGCGGGUGAUGGGAGUGAGGAGGUUAGUGCGGGUGAUGGGAGUGAGGAGGUUAGUGCGGGUGAUGAGAGUGAGGAGGUUAGUGCGGGUGAUGGGAGUGAGGAGGUUAGUGCGGGUGAUGGGAGUGAGGAGGUUAGUGCGGGUGAUCGGAGUGAGGUGGUUAGUGCGGGUGAUCGGAGUGAGGUGGUUAGUGCGGGUGAUCGGAGUGAGGUGGUUAGUGCGGGUGAUCAGAGUGAGGUGGUUAGUGCGGGUGAUGGGAGUGAGGCGGUUAGUGCGGGUGAUCGGAGUGAGGAGGUUAGUGCGGGUGAUGGGAGUGAGGAGGUUAGUGCGGGUGAUCGGAGUGAGGAGGUUAGUGCGGGUGAUGAGAGUGAGGCGGUUAGUGCGGGUGAUGGGAGUGAGGCGGUUAGUGCGGGUGAUGAGAGUGAGGCGGUUAGUGCGGGUGAUGGGAGUGAGGUGGUUAGUGCGGGUGAUGGGAGUGAGGUGGUUAGUGCGGGUGAUGGGAGUGAGGAGGUUAGUGCGGGUGAUGAGAGUGAGGCGGUUAGUGCGGGUGAUGGGAGUGAGGAGGUUAGUGCGGGUGAUGGGAGUGAGGAGGUUAGUGCGGGUGAUGGGAGUGAGGCGGUUAGUGCGGGUGAUCGGAGUGAGGAGGUUAGUGCGGGUGAUGGGAGUGAGGAGGUUAGUGCGGGUGAUGGGAGUGAGGAGGUUAGUGCGGGUGCGGGAGUGA